AGGUGAAGAUGCCAUAGAAGUCUACUGCUCGGUACUCAUGACUACUUAUGUCAAGUGCAGCAGAAAAACGAUGAACUUGACAUUCAAAAAAAUUUUUUUUUCUGUUUUUUGUGCUUGUUGGAGGGUACUUUUUGGAGAGAAGGCAUGGAGGAUAGGACAGGCUUAUGGGACUGCGCUGGGGGCCAGGAGGGGAGGAAGCAGGUUGACAGGGCUCAGCUCUACAGCUGGGGAGGGCCCCACAGCCUCAGAGAGACCUCCGCGGGGGAGCCAGGACCUGGGGGCGCCCAGCUUCCUCCUGACAUUUCCCCAAAGCCACUGCUGGAUGGCGAGGUGACCCCCCCUCCCGGCCUGGGAUUCAGGAUCCCACUGAGGGUCUGACAGCCAGAACUCCCGGAAAAGGGUGGAGCCAGAAGAGCCCGGCCCCAGCUCCCCCCGCCCGCCCGGUGGUCACAGGAUGCAGGGGGAGAAUCUGGUGGCCAUGGGGUUAGUGGCUCCAGAUGUCACCUCGCUGAGGGAAACCUGACGCUAGUGGGGCCACCAUCCCCAGGAGCCAUGAGAGCCGCGCCUGUCCUGUGGCUGGCCGUCCUGCUGUGCCAGGAGCGAGCGCGGAGCCUGCUGUGCUACACCUGCCCCGGGGCGCCCAGCGACAGCCUGUGCCCGCCCACCCAGUGCCUGAGGCCUGGCAUCUGCUUCGACAGUAACAUAACCACGACCUCGAGCGGUGGAAUGCAGGUGAGGUCAAAGUACAAGGGGUGUGCUCCCUCCUGCAAGGAAGCUAAGGAGACCCUGCAGUGGAUUUUCCGGAUGAGUAGCCUGGACCAGCUGGACCAGCUGGACCCCAGCCUACCCAAGUCUGAACUGCAGAGUUUGACGUGCUGUGAAAAGGACCUCUGUAAUAGGGGGGCGCAGGCCCUGGGCCCCUGCGGGGGGCUGCUGCUCAGCCUAGCACCCGCCUCCCUCUGGGCCCUGCUGUGAGCAGCCCUGACCCCAGCACAGAGGGCAGACUUCCACGCAGCGUGCACACGAAGCAAGCUCGCUGCCCCGCACACUCACGCACUCGCAAGCGCACACGCGGACACUGCAGACCCUGUAGACCCUCAGCCGCUCCCGCCCAACCUCCCUGGCACCCAGUGCCCUGCUAGGCCAACAGGCCUGUCCCCCUUUGCAGACACCAUCAGUUAACCACUGACCCAAGAUGCAGAGCCUGUCGCGCCCUGGCCCUGACCAGACGUGACCUCUAGGACAGCAAAGCCCACAGCCCAGCCCGGGGACGGCCAACACUGUGCCAGCCGGGGCCGGAGAGAAUAAACACUUUCGACAUCGUCC